AUGUCACUGACAGCAGAGAGGAAGCGGUCCCCAGGGUCAGCUGCGCGGAGGGGCCAGAGGGUGCAACAGAUAGACGAGCCCGUUCACCUGAGCGGGAAGAUCGCAGCCCAGCGGGAGGUGGAGCACCAGGGGCGCCCUCACCACCCUGCUGCAGGGCGCACACUCGCGCUGGCGGGCUUCUGGGGACGGAGCUGCCUGGAACGGCUGAGCGAGCGGGAAGAGCGAGCCUUGAACCGGGGGAUCGCUGCCGUCAAGGAAGAUGCCGUGGAGAUGCUGGCCAGCUACGGGCUGGCGUACUCCCUGAUGAAGUUCUUCACGGGACCCAUGAGUGACUUUAAAAACGUGGGCCUGGUGUUCGUGAACAGCAAGCGAGACAGGACCAAAGCCGUCCUGUGCAUGGUGGUGGCUGGGGCCGUUGCGGCCAUUUUCCACACCUUGAUAGCUUACAGUGACUUAGGCUACUACAUUAUCAACAAGCUGCACCACGUGGACGAGUCGGUAGGAGGCAAGACGAGGAGGGCCUUCCUGUACCUCGCCGCCUUCCCCUUCAUGGAUGCGAUGGCGUGGACCCACGCUGGCAUCCUCUUAAAACACAAAUACAGCUUCCUGGUGGGCUGUGCCUCCAUCUCAGACGUCAUCGCUCAGGUCGUGUUCGUAGCCAUCUUGCUUCACAGCCACCUGGAGUGUCAGGAGCCGCUGCUCAUCCCCAUCCUGUCCCUGUACAUGGGCGCCCUCGUGCGCUGCAGCACCCUGUGUCUGGGCUACUACAGGAACAUCCACGACAUCAUCCCGGACCGGAGUGGGCCCGAGCUGGGGGGCGAUGCAACUGUAAGGAAGAUGCUGGGCUUCUGGUGGCCGCUGGCCCUCAUCCUAGCGACGCAGAGGAUCAGCAGGCCUAUCGUCAAUCUCUUCGUUUCCCGGGACCUUGGGGGCAGCUCAGCUGCUACAGAGGCGGUGGCGAUUUUGACAGCCACGUACCCCGUGGGUCACAUGCCAUAUGGCUGGUUGACAGAAAUCCGUGCUGUCUACCCAGCUUUUGACAAGGUUCGCGUGGGGGCCGGUGAAGUGCUUGGCUUCCGCCUGGGCAUCAUCCCCGCGUCCUCCCCCGUGGGCAGCAGCUGGAGACUGGGGCGCCGCCUCCCUCUUCGCAGCCCACAGCGGCAUGCCCCGGCACCCCCCACCCCGCCCCGCCCGCUGCUCACGGCCCGGCUGCCUGUCUUUCUCCCCCAGCUCUGCUUUGUGAUGUUUUGGACCCCAAACGUCUCCGAGAAGAUCCUGAUAGACAUCAUCGGCGUGGACUUCGCCUUCGCCGAGCUGUGUGUGGUUCCCCUGCGGAUCUUCUCCUUCUUCCCAGUUCCAGUCACGGUGCGGGCCCACCUCACCGGGUGGCUGAUGACGCUGAAGAAGACCUUCGUCCUGGCCCCCAGCUCUGUGCUGCGCAUCAUCGUGCUCAUCACCAGCCUCGUGGUCCUGCCCUACCUGGGGGUGCACGGGGCCACCCUGGGCGUGGGCUCCCUCCUGGCGGGGUUCGUGGGCGAGUCCACCAUGGUCGCCAUAGCCGCAUGCUACGUGUAUCGGAAACAGAAAAAGAAGAUGGAGAACGAGUCGGCCGUGGAGGGGGAGGACUCGGCCAUGACGGACAUCCCGCCGGCGGAGGAGGCCGCGGACGCCGUGGAGAUGCGGGAGGAGACCGAGUAGGCCCGGCGCGGCCGCCGAGGCGGCUGGGUGGCGCCCGCACGUCCUCUCCUCUCCCGUCGUGUUGUGUUUCUUCUGGGGGGCCGGCUGCUUGGUUUCUGGUGAUGGAAGAGGCCUUGCUGGGAAAGGGUUCGAGAACACGCCGGGGCGGUGCCAGGCCUGCCCGCCCCGACGGGGCCGCCAGGGCCUUCGCCACUCUGCAACUCAGCAGCUGACUUCGCGCGGACUCGCGAAAGCCCCGAGACGGAGCGGCCUCGCCGCCCAGUCUCCGCCGCCUCCCUCGGACAAUCUCCACUCGGAACCAAAGGACUCGGCCGUGCCAUCGCCUGGCCCCGCUGCCCGGCUGGCCGCAGACUCGGCCGGCCCUUGCCGACGCCCUUAGGAAUCAGCAGGGUUCAGCUUGACUCUCUCUGGCUUCCCGGAGCCGUCGCGGUGUCCUCCCGCGUGGGGUGGUGAAUGCCGGACUGGCCACGCACACCCAGGAGUGGACUCUGGGGACCGCGGGGAGCCCGAGCCGCCGGCCUCCCAGGUGGCAGCGACCACUCUCCACGCCCCACUGCGUUGCCACAAACACGCGGCUCCUGUCUCUGCCUGCCUUGGCACGGCUCUCCCUGAAGGCUCGUCCUUCGCCCACCUUUCCUGAAGAUGGCACUAGAGCAAGGGAAAUGGAGCAUUCUAACUUUACGUUUUAGUUUUUUAAAAGUGAGCUGAAGCUUUAAGUCAUACUCUAGCAUUCUAAUGCCAGGUUGCUGUAUCGUCACCUUUGAAGUAGCUGUAUCCCCUGGUCCCGCCACUCUCUGUCAUAACUAUGCGGUACAGUGCGAGCGACUCAAGAGUAUGCCUCUGCACCCCCUCACACCCAGCAAGACAUUUUAUAAACACCGUGGCAGAGUCACUAUGUGAUAUUCCCUGAAAUGACCCACAUUUGAGAUCCAUUUAGUGCAGUCUAUUUUUCUAAGUUUUGGAGAGCGGGUUUUUUUCUUUCAGAAAUGAUGGACACAGUUCAAUAAAUUCCUGAUUUCGUCAAAUUCCUAGACCGAAAGAACCUAAACACAAAAAUAUUUUAAAGAUAUAAAUAUAUACUGUAUAUGUUAUGUAAUUUAUUUUAGGCUAUAAUACAUUUCCUAUUUUCGCAUUUUCAAUAAAAUGUCUCUAAUACAACGCAGCGCGUCUCGUGUGCUCAGUGUACCUGCGGCCGGGCCAUCUUGUGUCGGUGAACACUGUCCCGUUUGCCGCAGUUUUACCAAGUCUGUCGUUUGUCCCUAAGUGUAAGGGCCAGCAAGUGACAAGAGAACUAUCUUUCCUUCUGUGGGGGAGGUUGUAAUCUGUGGGGAAGCUGGUACCGGUGGCGGUGGGAGCAGAAAUAGAAGCUGAAAGGCGGAAAGCAAGAGGCAGGCCUUGUGUGCGAGCUGUGUGCAUGGUCACCUUGCGUCUCCUACUGGGCCGUCCGGCUGCGGUCAGCUCCCUGGGCCUCUGUGCUUCCUCCGGGUGGUGCAGCAGCUGCUUCAGCAGCCCAGCCGUGGG